ACGUCUGGUAACGUGCGCACAUAUAUAUACACAUAAGUAAAAAACAUGGCGUGUAGCCGCAAAGCAAUUUUGGAGCUUUAUCGAGAUUUGAUAAAAGAAAGCAAAAAAUGGUCUAGCUAUAAUUAUAGAGAAUACGCGUUGCGGAAGGUUCGACACGAUUUUCAACAGUAUAAAAGUCUAAAUGAUGUAUCGCAAAUACAAGAAUGUUAUAGGAAAGGAUUGGAAUCGUUGGAAAUGUUGAAGAGACAAGUGAUCAUCGGAAAUUUAUAUAAAACGGACAAAUUAGUUAUUGAAAUCAAGCAGAAAUAGUCAAUGAAAUGGCUUAAUUCUUUCUUGCACAAUACAAUAAGACUGUAAAUAUAAAUAAUAAAAAUAUAUUAACAAAGGCGCAAAUAACAGCUACAAUAGGUAUAAUAUUAAAUACUGUUGUAUGUGUAUUACUUAAUGCUAUUCAUAAUUUUGUAAUAAUCCUUAUUUUUUAGGAGUUUUAUUUAUCAUAGUAUGAUGCAAGCUUUUAUUUAAAUAAAAACGUUA